AAUCAGGCCCGGAGGUGGUUGGGAGUGAGUAUGUAUCUAGGCCAUCGAGCAGCUGGGGGAACUUCAGGUGUGGUGGCUCGGGGAGACGGCUAGUGGUAAGUAACGGGAAUACGCAUACGGGCAGGUGCGGGAUCGGAUGGGGGAGCAGAAGAACAAGACGCAAGUAGGAAGGAACAGAUGGGCAAAGAGGGAAAGUUGGCCCAAGGGGGGGAAGCUGUGCAAAAAUCAAAAAUACUGGAACCAUCGCCAUCAUCAUCAUCACCAGCACCACCACCAUCAUCUCUCCAACACCCUUCUCUCUACUCAUCCCUACCAUUUGAACGAUCAUCACUCCCACACCCACACCCACACUUACCCCCCUCCCCGGGGAGCACGACCAUCCACCCACCAGAUCUAUCUACCUCAGAUACCUACCUACUACUAGUUAUCCCUUCACCUUCUACCAUCGCCUUCACUCAUCCGUGGUCCUCCGGUGCUGGCAUUGCGGUUGUUUCCGUGUUCUCAGCCGGCCCAGGACCAUUCCCCGAUCGGGUAGCCCAUUCACGGCUUGGCUGGGCCUGUGUUUCUUGUCGCAUCCUGUCCGGAACGGUUAACCCGUGGAGGGUUUGUUGGCUCGCUCACCACAAGCACUUCGAGCCCUCCCAAGAUUCCAGUCAAUCCGGUGAGGCGAUCCUCCCUUUUCCACGCCAUCCGUCCAUCUCUUCUCUCCAUCCUCCCUCGCCAUCAUCGACGGCCUCCCAUCUCAUCUCCAUUCUCCCUCCCAAUAACCUCCAGCCUUCCUUCUCCACUUCUCCCCAUCCAGGCCUCUCAGAAUUAAUUCCUUCCGCAGAUAGCUGGACCGGCGGCAACCAACCCGACGCGUGAUCGCCCCAUCGAGAUCUUCGUGAGAUAAAACCUCUCAGCCCCCUUCGCGCAUGGCCAGCUCUCGUUCCUCGUAACGGUUCUUGUUCGCCCGAACA